ACAAAAACAGAACAGGGCAAGUCACUUCAGUGUCAUAACAUUGUUGUUGUACUAAACCGCUGUGGGAUGAAAACAAUUAAUUUCGGAAGGAAUGGAGGAGAAACUAAGAGAGUACAGGGCUAGAAGGCGCAGACAAGAACUCAUUGACGAAGCCAAAAGUAAAUUGCAAAAAAUAUUUACUGCCGGCGUCACAGCAGAUGAGCAGAAAAUGGAGCUAAACACGUCGACACCGGAGCGCGAGCCCUUCUUACCUGCUCCUGCUGCGCCUGCUGCAGUUUCUUUCCCUUCCGGCCGAAGGAAUUUGAUAUUGGCCGGCGAUGAGGAGGCGUGGGAGGCAGAGGAGGAUGAGCACUUAAGGGAGGGAAUCAUUUCGGGGCGCAUCAAACGAGGCACGACCCUCCUGCUGGCUCUGCUGUGGCUGACCCUCUUGCUUGUGUCCUACCAGCUGGAACUGGCCCUGGCCUACUGCCUCAUUUCCGCCAUCUUCUUCGUCUACAUGUGCACCAGGACGAGGCCGCGAAAGCCCAACGAGCCGAGCGCCUACUCCGUUUUCAACCCCAAUUGUCAGGCCAUCGACGGAUCUCUCACUGCCGAGCAGUUCGAGAGGGAAAUCCGCGGCGGCCCCGCCAGCGUGCGAAGAUGACCGAUUAAUGUUUAUAUUAAAAUUUGCCAAAAAUUACAAUGCGUAGAUCGGUAUCAAUUUCAAAUUAUUUGAGUAGCCAUGAGAUAAAGAUUGUUAAAAGGAAAUUCACAAGUAAAACACAAUUUAUUUUCUCCUAUUGCUGGACUAAAAUAAGGAUAAGUGUGCGUUACUCUUGAGUGCCGUCUGCUCUACAGCUCUAAAAGCGUUCUAUUUAUUUGAAAUUUAACUUAACGGCGGCGGCUGGCUUGCUCGCUGACGUGUGCUUUCCAGGUGAGUUAAAGUGUGACUGAUGACACCCUGCUGGGGCAAGUUAAUAGUGUAGGUUCCUUUUUUGUUUUUUCAUAUUAAAGUCCUGUUUCAUUUUGUCACAGUGUAUAUAAAUGGGUCUGGGUCACCUCUCCUGCUUCUGAAAAUCUGCGCCCUGAGGGGUGGCUUUUUUAACAAGAAGUGAUAAUUUUUUUAAAUAAUUGUGAAGCUUAUAAUAUUAUUCUAUCGCUAAAGAAAGAAUAAAAGAUGAUAAAACCUAAAAUGGAACAAGCCCGCCACCUAGGUUUAAGUUGAUCCAUUUCAAAGCACGCUUUCAUUAACGCGAUCAUUCGUCUUAAUUUAAUUGAAAUUAUUAUAAAUGUAAUUUUAAAAUUUGCAAAAAAUUAGAAGGCGCUGAUUGGUACUAAUUUCAAAUAAUUUGAAGUAACCAAGAAAAAAAGAUUGUUAGAAGGAAAUUUUCAAGUAAAACGCACCAAUUUCCUCCCCCAGCUGGACUUAUAGUGGGAGAGAUAGGUGUUUUUCCCUUGUUGACAGCAGAUCGCCGUCUGCUCAACUAAAUCAAGUUAAAAGCUAGUUAUUUACGUAUUGAUGAUUAUUUAAAUUGAACGGUGGCGGCUCGCUUGCUUGAUAACUUGACUCUCUGUACGGUCACGUGUGUUAAAGGUGGAGUUAAAAGUCUGCUGAUGACACCCCGUUGGAGCGAAAGGCAUGUCAGUUUGCCUUUUUUCUUUUUCAUAUUUAAGUCCUGUUUCGUUUUGUCACAGUGUGUGUAUAUAUACAAUAUUAUAGGUCACCACUUUUGCCUCUGCACCCUGAGGGGUAGCUUUUAUUUUCAGUUAGCUUCUUCUGUUAGGGAUGGGCUUGCUCCAGGGGAAAGGGAAGAAAUCUUAAGAUGUUUUGCAUCGUCCACAGAAAUCAAAUCCAUUUCAGUUUGACCGCAUUCAUCAAAUGCAGCAGGACUUUUAUUCUUUUGACCUAUAAUCCCUUUCUUUUCCCGACAAACUAGACUUGUUUUUAUUCAAUAUUGUGAUUUGCAAAGACUGCUAUCUUAUUGCACAUUUACCAAGGACUAAUCUCUGGUUGAUAAGCCAAAAUUAAAAUACCAUGUUUGCUCACCCCUGUCUAUCGGGCUGAGAAAUUUUUAUAUUCUUUGGUUUGAAAUAAUUUGAUAUAUAUUGAGGAAUGUUGUGUUUCAAUUUUUUAUAUCAAUAAAAUAUGUCC